CCUAUCAAUUCCGCUUCGCCUUGAACACUUUCGCUUCGCUGCUCACAACAUCCGCCAAAAACAGUCUGCUAUGGAAGCAAGUCCAGAGAGGGAGGGCAAUGUAGAGAUGCGUGGCUACAGCUCGAACGACGCGUCGUCUGAGGCACUCAAGCGCCGCGAGCAGAAUCGCCUGGCACAAGCACGGCAACGCCAUCGCAAGGAGGUCCGCGUUCAGGAGCUCGAGGCAGAAGUGGAAGAGAUGCGGACUAUACUUAGGGCACAGGAGCAGGAGAUCAGACGCCUUCACAGGGCAUUGCGUUCGAACUCCCACAAGUCCUUCGAGACUCAAAUUGCGAAAAUGCAGGGCGUAGCGUUCUUCCGCGAAGGCCAGCUCGUCGGAGUAAACCUCGUCCCGAUGACGACCGGACUCCACGAGGACCCGUCGACUAGCCAGUCGACAUUUAUGAGGCACAGACCUCAUGAGUGUAACCAGAUGGUCUACGCCAGACCUGUUGAUGAAGCGAAACGUCCAGAAGGCUUUGACGUGCCCGCGACGUCAUUUGCCGUGAGCCCAGUGCAACAGCCUACACACUCAACCAGUUUUCCAUCCAAGUCGCCAAAGUCUCCAUUCUCCAGCGCUGAAGGCUCGGUCGUACCUCCUCUGCAAGACAGAUUAUCGACAGAGGGGAUACCAACAGCGAGGACAAGCACGGCAUCGAUGCCACAUCCGCUCCCGACGGCAUCGGGCCAAGAAACGCUUCCGCCAGAUUUUCUGCGUGAAUGGCUUCUUAUGGCAUCAGAUCCUGCCAUGAUGAUUCGCUCAGCAUGACAACACUAUACACAUUCAGCCGAUGGCCUCCAGAGGAGCGACCUUGCUUAAAAGAAAGGGCCCAGGAAGCCAUCAUGUCACAGAGCUAUCCUUCAUAAGUAGAAGAAGACCCCUGGCCUGACCAGUACGCUGUAUCUCUCCCUUGCUUCUACCGUAAGAACGUUCAGAUAUGAGCCGGAC